AUGGAUCUUAUGCAUACUGAUCGGGUAGCGGCUACGACUGCGUACCACUCAAGUCAGGAGAACCAGGAGGACGCUCCCAGAGCAGCAGUUCCCCGCAGGAUUGGACUCGGUCUUACUCGAAGCUACGCUGCGGACUGGCAAGUCCAGGAUGCCUUCCGAGAGCUAUAUCAGAAUUGGAAAGACGCAAUAGUCCAGAGGCAUCAUAUCAGCUUGCUAGAUUUCGCUCCGCAGGUCUUAGAAACGCGGGACAAAACGCGGGAUGAGAUACGAAUCCUUGUCGAAGGACGACCGGUUCAGCAGCAGGCUGAAGGAGAGCAGCAAUCAUCCGGAGCAGCACUCCUUGGAUAUAUUCGAUUCGAUAGAAAACGAGGGAGCGCCGAGUUUACAAAUUUCCAUGCGACCUUGGACCUUCAGUGCCUGGAGAUGGGCCAUACGACCAAAAAGGACAAUGAGAACUUGGCUGGGGGCCACGGGGAAGGACUUAAAAUCGCUGCCCUUGUGCUCUCCCGCAAUAACCAUCACGUUAAGAUCGCAGCAAGUGGGUUUUACUGGAAUUUUGGAUUCAACGGCCAAUCAAAGAACAACUUUCACUGUCGUCUCACACCCGCCAAAGCCAGAGGCGAGCCGAUGGGGACCAGUAGUAGAGGAACAGAUACGGCCCCUAGCCCUAGUGUCUGGGAAGACGUGUCAGUGACGGUGGAAAGAGGACAGAAGGGAGAGCGGCUCUCUUACAGAGAGUUCACUGCUUGGAUACGCGAUACGGUCGACCUUCACGCACCCGCCGGGCGAAUUCGGACAGCCGCCGGAGACCUCCUCUUGGAACCGAUGUAUCGAGGGCGCCUGUUUUUGAAAGGCAUCCGUGUGCAAGAGCAAAGCAUCAAUGAUCAGACGUUUCACUUCGGCUACAACUUGAUCCGCGGCAGCGUAGAUCGGGACCGUAGGCGGCUAAUGAACGUCCACCAGGUCACACAAGAUAUUCACUCAAUCUGGGAGCAUGCGAUAGCCCAGGCGGAAGCCUCAGUUCUCCCAAGGUAUCUCGACCUCUUCCACUGUGUCCCACCUCCAAUCGAAGUGAAUGGUGCGCACCAAUGGGUGAUGGAACUUACGGCCAAGAAGAUGUGGGGCGUACUGAGUCACGUAUCGAAAAUGAAGGAUUUGUUUUACUAUCCCCAAACCCGCCAAGAGAAGGAUAUUGUCGUCAUUCAAACAGAACUCAAGAAAACGCCGCACCCACUACCGAACCAGCUAUGGCAAGUACUACAGAAACAUGGUCAGGUCCGCACUCCAUUUGAAGAGCUGCAGAGCCGACUGAAAGCUUCAGCGGAGUCCCCAAUCCCUGGCACUGUAUUUGCACAGGGAGUGGCAAGCACUCUCCGCUCAUUGUUCGCGCUAGAUGCUCGCACGCAGAAAAUGAAGCUCGUUUUUGUUCGGUGCGAUAUCCAUACUAUUGACCUCGCGUACCAGGCGGAUGACCACGUCCUAUAUAUCCACGACAAAUGGCUUCAGUACCGCGGGGUAAACCAUGCGUCCCAUCCAUCAAUCGAACCGGAACCUAGCACUUUCGUCUGUCAUCACGUUGUACAAGAACUGUAUUGCCGAGCCUUGGCGAUUAUAUACAGUCCGGCCCACGAGGAACCCAGCCUGUCAAUAGAACGUCUAACUCGGGAAUGCCAGCAACAGCUCGAGCAGAUGCCCCGCAUGAUUCGGUUGUCACCUACGGAGGAUGAACGGGCACUAGAGGUCUCUUUUACCACGGGCCACAGUCUUGCGUUCGCUCAGUUGUAUGGUUCCCAAGUCAGGUACAUGGUGGUCCUGCACGGGUCAAGUUGUGCCACUGGCAUAAAUGGCAUGGAAAGUCUGGCGUAUGAUAUGGAAGAGGACGUCUGUGAGUGUCCACGAAAGACGGUCCCGCUCGACGUGCGGACCGUUCGCUUCAGUGAUCUGAACCAAGGGCCAUGGGUACCCAUUAUCGCGAAAAUGCAAGACUUGGAUGGCGCUUCCGAUUGCUAUCAGACAUCUGGGCACGUUCGAGCGGCCCAUGGGGCGCUAAUCGGAAUGUUGCAGCAGACGGUGUCGUUGCGAAACGGUGAGAUUGUUUUGGGUUGCGCCAUAGAGAACGUUCAGAGCCGAGAUACAGCAGCCGAUUCGCUCCCUCAACUGAGCGCUCCCGGACAAAAGAGGACCAUAAUACCGGACACGGAGGCGGCCAGCAGGGGAACAGCAAAUGCCCAUAGGCCUGCGGUGUGGUGCACCCAGGAUUUGCAGAGUUCACAGCUGCCCGACGAGAGAAGUUUUGUCCCUGGACGCGAAUGUACUUCUCCUCGGAGUGAUGGAUCCAUAGCUGAAUCUCACGUUUCUGACUUAUCUACAUGCUCCCUUUCUUUCCUUCCUAGAGGAGACGAAAUUGUUGCUGUGCCGGGAGGCGCAUCCACAACUGACACCGACAGGGAUCAGGGCCUCAUGGCGAUAAGUCCUCGACAGGUCAUGCCCCGCGAGAACAGCCUAUCCUCAGUGCCUUGGAUUGUGGACGAGACAUGUGUUCAGGAGGCGGAAAUACCUCGAUCCCUGCCGGAUACCGCGAGUAGCCCGUCUCUAAGCUCUCAGGUAAACGCACACUAUCGAUCAUGCGACCAAUAUAUACAGUUMUCCCGAAGGGCGUACGUCCGCGUAACGUUGAGGGAGCCGAAUGGCCAGGGCCAAACUGCUCGUUACAUCUUUUAUAUCCAUGACAUUCUCCUGCCCACCGACACAGAUAACGAUUCUCCCCGAUUACUCGUGACAAAAUAUUCCUUCCUUGCCAAUCACUUUGUUUUCCAGGGGAAGAGUAACGUACCUAGUGACAGGGAACUGCUCCUUCAGUUCCGGGAUAUUGCAAAAAUGGCCGAGGAAGAGGACGCGGAACUGAUCGAUAUCAAGGACGUAGAGUUGGAGGACAUUGGUGGUGACGGUCAACAUCUUAAUGUGACUCAUGUCACGCGGACUCCUGGCAGUGAUUUAAGAACGGAGUAUUUCGCACGGUAUGCGGCUCGCGGCGACCUACAGGACGACGGGUUCUUCGUGACUCCGCUGACACCUCCUUUACCUGACCGUGGCCGUGCAGCUCCGUUGUCAACAAUCCCUGUUGCGUCAGUUUUUGAUGUUUCCUUCGGUGACACGAACUUGUCUGCCGGCUUUAUGCAGGCAGGAUACCCCGUUCGAGCGGCAGUCAUAGGGGACAUUGAAACUCGUCAAUGGUGGCUGGACCAUUGUCCCAGCGCUUUUCUCUGCUCCGGUGACCCUGCGUCUGUGAUUGCCGACGUCGAUAGCGGGAAGGUCAAAUUACCAGGCCUAGAAGAGCCACAGCCGAGCCGUAUAGUGACUAUUGCGGGCUGCAGCAGGUCAGCUUUACCGGACCCAGAUCCUACCGAUACAGUUGCGGCCGCAGUAUGGUCGAGGGAACACACACACUUACUCCGGUGCUGCACCUUAGUGGCUCUGUCAGCUGUAUGGAGUGCAGAUUUUAUCGUUCUUGAGCUGCAUCGCGUCAGAGAGAAAGCGGAGUUCUGGGAGGGGCUGGCAGAAACGAUGACAACGCUUCUGGCUCGGGGAUACGCGGUCAGUCUUCGGAAAAUAGGCGCUUCCUCUACGAAGCCAGAGCUUCAACAAUUGGCUCCAGACGUCAUUCUUCUGGCUGUCCCAGGCUGCACUAAUCCUCAGUGGAUUGACGACGUGCUCGCGGAUUGUGCCGUGCCUGUCAAUGCAGCGGACUGUGAAACCCGGGACCCUGGUUCUCCUCUUACUGUUACCAUAUGUCCCGCAGUUGAUCAACCGGCUAUGCUACGGGAUAGGACGGUCGCGGAAUCGGUGCCCUCGCAGCUCCCCCAAUUAGCUACUGCUGCAGAAGACCAGCCUUCCACCCUGAAUGACAGCAAGCAGCUAAACUCGGAAGAUGGCAAGUCUCGUGGCUCCCUUGCGGCGGAUACUGCACACCGACAUGCAAUGGUAGUCUCGCGCAUUAUUGGAGAACUCUCCAAGCACAGGCCACCUCUCCAGUCUUUCUUGUUCAGGGAAUCCUCUAAUUCCCAGGCAUUAAUUAAGCGGAGGAGAGUUUAG